CCUCCACCUGACCCCCCAGGUCUACAGCGGACUGUAACCCUGGGCUCAGACUGUAGGGACGGGGUAGAGACCUCCAGCUGACCCCCCAGGUCUACAGCGGACUGUAACCCUGGGCUCAGACUGUAGGGACGGGGUAGAGACCUCCACCUGACCCCCCAGGUCUACAGCGGACUGUAACCCUGGGCUCAGACUGUAGGGACGGGGUAGAGACCUCCAGCUGACCCCCCAGGUCUACAGCGGACUGUAACCCUGGGCUCAGACUGUAGGGACGGGGUAGAGACCUCCACCUGACCCCCCAGGUCUACAGCGGACUGUAACCCUGGGCUCAGACUGUAGGGACGGGGUAGAGACCUCCACCUGACCCCCGUUCUGCCCCGGACCCCCCCACCAUGGACCCCCCGGGGGGGCGCUACCUGGACCGGCGCGCGGCGUGCUCGCCCAUCGGGGCGGCCCGGCUCAGCCAGCUGGUGCUGGGCUGUGCGGUGGUCGCCAUGGUGAUCCACAGCGCGGGCUACAGCGGCUCCUACGGCGUGUUCUGCAUGGCCGUGUGGUGCCUCUGCUUCGCCGUCACCACGGUGAUCUUCUUCCUGGACGCUACGCGGCUGUACGGCUGCCUGCCCGUCUCCUGGGGCAACCUCACCGUGGCCUUCGCCGCCCUCGCCACCCUCAUGUACGUGACGGCGUCGGUCGUCUACCCGCUCUACUUCGUCAGCUCUGAGUGCCCGUACGCCGGCUGCGAGGUUCGCAACUUCCGCAUCGCCGUGGCGACCUGCUCCAUGGCGGCCACGCUGGCCUACGGGGCGGAGGUGGUGCUGUCCCGCCGGCCCGGCCAGGCCGCCGCCGUCGGCUACAUGGCCACGCCCCCGGGGGUCCUGAAGGUGGUGCAGGCCUUCGUGGCGUGCGUGAUCUUCGGGGGCGUGGCCAACGGCGGGGGGCUGGCGGGCCGGCCCGGGCUGGUCUGCUGCGUGGCGGUGUGGGCGGGCUGCUUCGGCCUCACCUCGCUGCUGGUGCUGCUGGCGGUGUGCGGCCGCACCGGGGCGCUGCGCUGCCUGCCCUGGGACCGCCUGCUGGGGGCGUACGGCCUGCUGGCCCUGCUGCUCUACCUCAGCGCCUCCGUGGCCUGGCCCGUGCUCUGCUUCGACAGCAAGUACGGCUCGCCCUGGCGCCCGGCGUCCUGCCCGCGGGGGGGCUGCGUCUGGGACAGCCAGCUGGUGGUCUCCGUCCUCUCCUUCCUGAACCUCGGCCUGUACGCCGCCGACCUCGUGUACUCCCAGAGGCCGCCCCCGGGGCCCCGCGCCCCCGGGGCCCCGCGCCCCCGGGUGUAG